AUGGAAUUAUCCGAAAGCCCCUUCAACGAUCUGGACGUGUACGCUGACUGGUCCGGCGACCCCUCGGAUCAUGUGGAAGUCAAGAUCCAAGUGGAUAUUCACUGCAGGCCCUUGCUUGACAAGCCCAUCUUGAACACCCGUGUACCAAAAGAAUUCGUCAAAUCAAGUUCCCUAAAAAUCACAACAUCCAGAGAUACCUUCGCCGUCUUGCACAAUCCCGACUUGUCUGAGCGACUCCAGUCAACACCGGGAAGCCCAACAAUGAACACGAACUCUGCAGGAGGCCCGAUUCAUCUGACCUCCGGAGCCAGUUUCUCGAGCACCGUCAUAAUCGACAGCCCAGUCGACGAUUUCCAGGGUGCUACUAUCAUGAACAGCCCUGCCUACGCGGAUCUCCCGGAUUUUCAUCCACUUGGUAAUAUCCGGCGUUCUUUGAAGAGAAACGCGAGAACCGCAUCACUCCCUGACUCUGUUUCUGACUCUGAUCGGCCAAUCGGAGGAUUCAAGCACAAGAGCAGCUUCUCUGUUCAGUUGCCUGCCACCUCGUCGACUGAAUCCAUCCAGUUGAAUCGGCCGAGCCAAAUUCCGCGUCCUAUCAGUGUUAUUUCACAUUCUCACCACGCUACUUCACCGGGAAGAAUCUCAUUUUCGCUCGCCCCUUCAUCUGACUCCAAGUUCACGCCUGAAUAUCUGCCGCAAGAGAACAUACCACUCGUGAAAAAAUCGCCUGAGAAUGGAAAAUUCAAUGGGAGUCCUCUGGCAUCGUCUUCAAACAACUCGGCCAACUAUUUGAACGACGCUACAGACGACUCUGGAAACAAAGACGGAGACAAGUCUGAGAUCCUGGAGAACUUUUCAAUGGAAGGCUCAUGCGGAACACCGUGCGAUUUGCAUUACAACCAACACUCGUAUGGACCGGUAGAUGAAUACCCUAAUGGGCCGGUCGAACCACCUGAUACUAGUCAAAGUCCACACUCGCCUCUCUCGCCGUACAGCUCCAGAUCCGGUUCUUCGACUCCUCAGAUUGUCCAGGAGAACGGUGUAUUCCGUAUCUUCUGUCCUCGCGAUACAAAGCCUGCUGUCUACAAAGCCACCAUUGAGUUCUUGUUGCCCCUGGAAAAAGGAACACCUAGGGGCUGGUUUAACUUGGUGAUUCCCGGAUUACCUCGAUUGCAGAAUAACAAUACUGGCUAUCUGUAUUUCUGGUUUCCACCUGGUCAAGGAGUCGAGUUUCGCACCACGCAUUUGAAACGUCACAACUUGGUUGAAAGCUGUUUGAUGGGCCAGUUUCCAAUAUUCGAGAAGCUUGUUAUUCCAGUGCGGCCUUGUGAUGCAAGAUUUUAUGGGUUCAUUAAGGACUUCGCAGUAACCCAGACCAUCCGUGCUGAUAUUCUCGACGACAAUGACGAAGAUUCUGGAUUUUUUGUCGUCAAAUACCAUGCAGCCUGUGCGAUUGAUCUUAUUCAGCGUGACUUUUGGGCCGAGAAGUGCGGCUUGACCAUUUACGUGUAUGGUGGACCCGAUGCUGACUUUUCGGCCCAUCUAUAUGGAACACUGGACGAGCUCCGAGUUAUGCACCUCGACUCAUCGCCAGAUGCUCGCAUUGGCGUUUCCGAAAUUCAGAUCAUCUGCUCCCCUUCUAACCUGUCCAUGUUUGCCAUUACUUGGAAAGCUCGAUUGCCACGAAAGCUGCCUAUGUGGUUGCCUCGCAUUCGAAGCUCCUUGGAUACCGAGGGGGUAAUUGAUGAACUGAAAGAUCGGUACACAGUGGCAGAAGAAAACGAUAAUGUGGAAAUUGUGAAGAUUCCGCCCUUCCAUGCGACUCGUUUGAUCCGCACGCCGGAACCCAAAACCGAUGUCAAGCUUUCUCGGGGUAGAACCGUAUCGAUUUUUAUGAUCUCUUGUCUUGCGGCUUUUGUGGUGCUUCGAAUCAUUCUUCGUCUGUACCAUGACAUCCUUUUUAUGCCGGUUUCAUUUGGGGGAACAGACUCGGUGGGAGGAUGGCCGAUUGCGGACUGUGAUGGUUUGGCUAUUGACCCAGCUCUUGAUCCCCAGACUGAUCCAUGUACUAUUCCUACCCCCAUUCCUCUGCGAGAUCAGAUCGACUAUUUUCUCGGGUGGCGAGGACCGUUUUGA